AUGGCUUCGGAUUUUGGAGUAAUCAAGGAUAUCAAAAGAUCCAAUAAGCCAUCAAUCAAGCUACGCAUAAUUAGGAUGUUCCAACGAGUUGAAGUCGUAUGCAAUUACCGAAAUGUUCUUGAGAUUAUAUCGUUCACGAUUUUGAGGAACUUUCUAACUUUAAUGGAUGUUUGUAACAUUGAUGAAGCCAUUUUGAUUGAACACCCGAUUUUUUUUCUGCACGGUCACGGUGCUCCUCCGCCGGCGUCCAUGGAUUUUCACGGCGAUAUUGAGAGAGUCAUCUUCACCGAGCAGCAAAUACGGGCGCGCGUCUCGGAACUCGGCUCUCAAAUAACCGGCGAUUUCAGAUCGCCGGCAUCUCCUCCGGUGAUUGUGGGCGUCGCCACCGGCGCGUUUCUGUUCCUGGCCGACCUUGUCCGUGAAAUUCGCCUGAACAUUUCCGUGGACUUGAUUCGGGUCGAGUCGUAUGGGUCAGGCACGGUCUCCAAUGGCCGACCCACGAUUUCGUCCACAUUGAAAGUCGAUGUUCGAGGACGUCACGUCGUUUUGGUUGAGGAUAUUGUAGAUACUGGGAGAACUUUGGCUCUUCUAAUUGAAUACCUGACAACUAAAGGUGCAUCAUCAGUAUCUGUGUGCACGCUUCUCGAUAAACCGUCAAGAAGACAAGUCCAUUUUGAAUUAGUCGGUGAAGGGAAGUACUACAGCGGCUUUGAGUGCCCGGAUGGUUUUGUGGUGGGCUAUGGGCUGGAUUAUGCUGAGGUGUAUAGGAACUUGCCUUAUAUUGGCAUCUUGAAGCCCGAAAUGUACAAGUCCUAGAUAGUUUGAACUGCAAAAGCAAGGUAUGAGGGAAUAGUAUACACAGUAUUAUAUAAUCCAUUCUUUCUGCACAAGAAGAUUUGGUGCCCAUGUUUUUGGAGCAUGUUUUUCGACUCUUAUGGCAUGAUUGGUAUGAUGGAAUGAAAUUUCGUAGGAAUGGAAUGAAUUGAAGAAUGGAAUGAUUAUGGGAAUGGAAUGAAAUAUGUUUUGUCAUUGAUGCGUUUGGUAUGCAGGAGGAAUAGGACUGGAAUGGAUUGAAAUUAUCAUUUUUAAUUAUAAAAAUAAAUAAAAGCUUUUUCUAAAAAAAUAAUAUACUUUUAAUAAAUUAUAAAUAAUUUUUUUUUAAUAAUAUAUAAAAA